GGUAGUGUAGCACAGUGUCAAACACUGUAGACAAUGGCUGAAAAACUAGCACUGGUAGUUAUUUUUUUGGGGACAACCAUUUAAUAUCUAUCAACCAAAUUGAUUGGCUAUUUUGUGUGUGUAUGUGUGUGUGUGUGACCACUGUUUACUAUAUAUAUUAAAUUAUUAAAAGAGAGAGAGAGAGAGAUCAAUAUAGUGGUCAACUAUGUCCACAAUUACCGACAAUAACGGCGGCAGUACUGAUGGUCACAACAACAACAACAACGACAGCAAUAAUCUGCAACUUCUUCGGGUAAAUCAUAGCCUAAAGAUGUCCGAAGCUUUCGAGUCGAUGUUUACCGACGAAAGCCUAACGGAUAUUACCAUCUUUUGCGACGGUACUACUGUUAAGGCUCAUCGGGUAAUACUGGCCGCUUCGUCAUCGUAUUUCAAGAACAUAUUGGCCACAAUCAACUGCAACCAACAGUAUCCGAUGGUCUAUCCGGUAGUGUUUGUCCCGGGUAUCAAACUAACCGAUAUGUUAGCAAUGCUGGAGUUUAUCUAUCGGGGCGAGGUUACCAUUCCCAAUGGUCAGCUGUCAUCGCUGGUCAAAAGUGCCGAAAUAUUAGGCAUCAGCGGUCUCUGUCAGUUGGAUCCGAACGCACAGAAUCUGAGCUCAGAUGGCGGCGGCGGUGGCGACGGCGGUACUAAUGAUGCCAAACAAUCGCCACCAGUGGACACAAACAAAAGCCGUACAUCCAGUCCUACAGUCGACAACAGCAGCACCGGUACCGCUGCUGCUGCUGCUGCUAGUAGUACAGGACCGGCCAAAAGGGGUCGCAAACGAAAGAAGUUGUCGACAACAACAACAACAACGGCUACGCCAAAGAUCGACAAUGAAAUAACAUCCGACUCGGAAAUGAUGACGACAUCCAAGAAAAUGGACGAUACAUGCGAUGAUAAUGAAGAUCUGGAUUCGUCGACGACGACUAGUGGUGGUGGUGGUAAGGCAGGUCCGACAUCGGAAAAGUUGGCCAAAUCAAAGCUCCGAUCGUGGACUCAACAGAUUGCACUGAAAGCCAAUCACAAGGACUCUGCCGCCGCCGCCGCUGCCGAUGAAUCUCAGGAAUUAUCCGAAAGUGAUAGUCAAUCGAAAGACAUGGACAUUGAUGGUCACAACAACACCACCACCACUACCAGUGGUAGUCAACAACAGACGAAGAGACAACAACAACAACAACAGCAACAACUGAAGCAUUCCAGAGCCCGAAGAGUUCCUCUUAAGUACAGUGAAUAUACUCUACCGAAAGGUAUUCAAGACUCGCAAAAGGAAACCGACGGCGAAACUGAUGACUCAACCAGUCUGUCGUUGAGACCGCCAACACCCAGACUGACACGCGGCCGAAGUCGUGUCCAUUCAGUGGAUUCUAUGGCAGCGGAUCAGCCAAACCAGGAAACAAUGGCAACAACUUCAUUGACAGCUGACGGUAGCGGCGGUGGCUCUCAAUCGACAACAGCACUGUUGACACCAAAUACUCGGAGCCGAAAGACAACUACAACUACAACAACAGCAUUGACAGCCAAAGAAACUGUGGUCAAGACUGAGCCCAAUGUCGAUGUCGUUGUCGGCGACAACAACAACAGUGAUACUAAUAAUAAUCAGUCGACGAUUGGCAGCGAUAGCAACAAUAGUAAACUGGACGACAAUGAUAGUGAUGAAAGACCAACAGAUACUACAACAACAACAACACUGACAACAUCACCGCAGACUACAUCAUCUAUGAUGAUGUCGACCACUACUACUACUACUACCGCCGCCGCCACCACAUCGUCGUCGUCGUCAUCUACGGUACGAAACAAGACUCAGACACCCGUCAAGUCUCAGAUUCCGCUACAAUCGUCUUCAUCAUCAGUGCCAUCAUCGCCAAUGAAAUGGCGACCAAAGUCUUCAACAACAACACCAUCGGCAUCGGCAGCAAAGUAUACAAGAGUUCGUUCAUCUACGACAUCGAUGGCCAACAACAACGCGACCACCUCUGCAACCGCCGCCACAUCACCGCCGCCGCCGCAACAAUCGCUUGACUAUCAAUACGAAUCGAUUCAGGCGGACGGCCCGCCAGUCUACCGGUGCCAACAAUGCCGCCAUUGUUUCCGUAGCAAACAAAAUAUCAUUGACCACAUCCGCAGCGUUCACAACAAAAGCGAUGAACGAUAUGUCUGUCCUCUUUGUCACAAACAAUUCAAAUGGAAGACCAGUCUUAACAAUCAUUUGAAUCAAUUGCAUCCGUUGUCGAGGCCGACACCGCUCAGACAUUUCGAUAAACCAAGAAAAUCGGUGUCCAAUCGGUAUGAAUGAUUGAAAAACCCCGAUAACAACCAACCGUUUUGAUUGGAUUGGAUUGGAU